GUAAAUCCAAUGGCAGACAUCAACUGUUCAUUAAACAUCGAAGAAAAUAUUGAAGGUUCUGUUGUCUCUUGAUGAUCGGUAUAGCGUAACACCGAAAGAGGUUUCCUUGGGAUAUUUUUGUUAAUUUCUUAAAAUAUAUGGAGGCCAUAUCUUUGGCCUGACAAGUCAAACCCUGGAGACGGUGAUCAGUCAUUUAGAGAUAAAAAAACAAACCUAUACCCAUACGAUACGAUACGUAAAAGUGAAAACAAACCUCUUUGACUUUGACUUUGUCAAUAAUACUGAAGUGAAAGAAUCUUUCUUAGCACUGACAUCUUUUCAGUAAGGCAGAUCAUAUCAAGAGGAUUGCAGAUAUUAUUUCAGUCUUAGUAUAUAUAUGCCAGAAGCUGUUAUUUCAUGUCUGGGCCAUUUGGUGAUAUAAUUUUCGAUGAAAUUUGAUAUGAUGAUACAUCUAUACAUGUAUGUCAAAAUCCAGGAACCAUGAAAGACAAUAUGUGGGGAGAAUGGAUGUAACAUAGCAAUAUAUUUGCUAAUUAUCAAAAUAGUAUGCAACAUCAAUUACUAAAAACAAUUAAUACAUAUAUAACAGUGCUGAGCUUCUCUGUAAUAUGCCAGUUCUGUAAACUUUGAAAUAUUAAUCAGAUUGUAAAGAUUUUACUGUGAACAAUGUCUUUUAGACAGCCAUAUUCAUCAAAAAGGAAAAAUGAAGGGGCUAGUACAUCAGGUGGGCAGGGAACAAAUCAACCAGCAGAUAAACGUCAAAGGAUUCAGGAGAAGCAAGACGAUUGGGAUGAGGAUGAUUGGGAUGAAUUUUCUCAAGCAGACAUGAGAGAUAUUGAUUUAAUGUCUUCUCAAGCAUUGGCUGAAACCUCUAAACCAGUUGAACAACAACCAUUUGUAGCCCCGAAAUCUAUGCUUUCUUUAAAAAAAUCUUCGUCUAGUUCUUCGUCAAAUGGAACUGAUACAGCAUAUCCAUCAUCUAAUGAAAGCAUCAGGAAAUCUGUAAGUUCCUCAGCAAGUCUUUCCAGUAGUUCUUCGUCUAAUGGUCAAUCAUCAUACAGACUAUCUCAUUCUGUGUCUCUCACAGGGUCUAACCCACGAAUAGCACCAAGUACUGAAAUCAGUGAUGCAUUGAGAAAUGAAUUAGACAAAUGGAAAACAGAUUGUGAAAGAAUAACAGAAGAGAAAAAAUCCAUAGAAAAUGAUCUCUACAUUAAAGAGGGUGAGAUUAAAAAUUUGCGAUGCAAACUUCGACAAAAAGACACAGAACUCAAUAACAUACGUAUUGAAAACACAGCGAAGGUAGCCGAACAAAAACAAUUACAAGGUGAUAAAGAAAAACAUUUAAAAAUAACUAACGAAAAGUUGGAGACAAGAUUACAGUUUAAAGAAAAAGAACAUUUAGAACUAGAAGAAAAAUAUCGUUUUUUAGAACAUAAAUUACAAUUAUUAAGUACAAGCUCACCUAAGAAACCAUCUAUGAGUCCUUCAAAAUCUCGCAGUCCUUUGGUUAGUAAACCCCCUUCUAUAGUUGUAUCCCCUCGACCAGUGAAAGGACAAUUCCCAACGGGUGAUUCAUUCAGAUCAGAUGAGAGACCUGAGACAUCAACUCCCAAACCAUCAACCUCUGCUACGGAAGAAACAACAAUAUUACGAGAAGUUGGAACUGAAAUAAGCAGAAGAUGUGUUUUAAAUACCAAUUUUUCAUCAGGAGAUGUCAAUGGGCCCAAACUGGUAGCUAGAUUACUGGAUCAUAAUUGUAAUGCAGCAGGGGAGAUAACUGAUAGAGGAAUAGUUGGUUUGCUUCAUACACCAUCAGUUAGCUCCAAUCUACAAUCUUUACACUUUGAUAGAGAUCAGAGUAAUUUACUUCUAUCACCGGUAAAGAGCAGGAAAAUGUCGGGUGCACAUGAACAGCCUAAAGAUAUCAAACCAAUUGUUGAUAAAGAACAUUAUAACUUAGCAAUACAUGGAUUACAAACAUUACUAGACAGUGUUGAUUCUAUUGAGACUGUUGAAUCAAUUACAGAUAUAACUAACACAGCAGCUGUACUAAUAUUACCUUUAUUAACGGACUACUUCACACAUUAUAUAGCCAUGUUAUCAUCAAACCAAGAGACAAACGGUCUAACCAGUCCAACAAAUUCUGGGUCUUUGAAAAGCAGCAGUUGUGAAAGUUCCAUCGAAUCGUUAACAAGUUCGUUAGGUUUGUUGUUAAAGGAUGGGGCUACCUAUGCUCAGAAUAUGGAGAUGUUGACAUCUGCUUCAUUGAUUACGUUAAGACAUUUGGUUAUUUAUAGUGCUGCUGUGAGGGACGCUCUUUACCCGAAGUUUGACAUUGUUAAAGAGGAUAGAAAAACAAAAAGUAGAGGUCAGAAGCCACUAUCAGAGGUAGAAUCAUCAGGAAUGGAGACAGAUGUGAUGACUGGUAGUUUAUUUACUUCUGUUACAUUAUCUUCAACAGUUCAACAACAAUUACAAUCAUCUAAUCUUUUAAAUAAUAUAGUUAAACUAGCCACACCUUCUAUAGAGAAUCCAAUAUAUAAUACCAGCAUUGUCAAUUUAGCUUUAGAUGUGUUAAUUUCAUUUGUGCGAAAAACAACGACAUCUCAACUAGACAAUUUAGUACCAUUAACAAGUGUGUUAAGUAACUGUUUACAAUGUGAUAAUCAUCCUGUUAUUGUUAUUAGUGCUAUAGAUCUAUUGUCUUGUUUAUCGCAAUCAGAUAAAAUCAGGUCAUCUUUAACAAAACAAACAGUUUCAUGUCCAUUAACAUCAGUUUAUAUGUUAGCCAACAAACCAUUCGAAAAUGCCAACCAAGAAGAAAGACGACAAAUACACAUUAAGAUAAUAAUGUGCAUGUUAAACUUUACCUCAUGUAGAAAUGGUGUUAAUCAACUUGUAGAGACAACGUGUUCAUGUGCUCAAGAGUUUGUACGUUCUAUGGUUCUUAUUAUUCAUAAAGUAAUGGAAGAUUAUCUAGUGCAUAAAAACAAUAGUUUAAUUAGUGUUUUAAAACAGGGAUUGAAACUGUUAAACACAAUAUGGUUUUAUGAUGGUGAUUUACUUGAAAAGUCAUAUCAUUAUGUCAACCUUAUCUAUUCUUUAUACACCAUCUUUAAAAUAAAUCCUGAACAGUAUGAAAAUGAAUUAUGUAUGCUAAGACAACUAGAAGGUAAUGAAGAAGAAGAGGAAGAAGAAUCUAUGGAAGCAGAUGACUAAAACUGAAUAAUUUCACACCAUCUACACACACACACUCCACUCACCCCAGACUUUUAACAAAUAUUUAUUAAAUAGUGAUUAUGUAUUGUGUCAUAAAUUAUUUCAGUCUUUACUGUUUUACUGGAAAGGCACCCAAAAUCUGUGCUUUACAUAUAAUUCUAUCUCUGAACUUCCUACAAAACUUUGCAUCGACUUAAACAUUUGUAUAUUUAAAUAGCUUCAAGAUUUUGUGCCUUUCAGAAAUUCUGCAUACCUCACUAUGUCAGAGAUAUUGUAAAUGUAAAAUGGUUAAUUUGAAACCUAGGAAGUUUGACACAAUGUAACACUCUUUAUUUACCCCAGUUACUCUGUUUAUUUAUAAAUUAUUGCACAGUAUUCAAUUGUCAAUUGAUAAAUAUGAAUUUAGGGGUUUUAUUUACUGUAUUUACUGAUAUUUAUAGAGAAUUGUUGAAAGUAUUUGAUAUAUUGAUAAAAUUACAAUACUGUAUCAUAAAUCUUUUUAAUAAGUCAUAUAUAAA